AUGGCGGUUAGUGACUGGCAACGGAUACGUACACUUUCAAAUGUCAAAUAUUACUUUAAUUACAGCAUUACAGUAAUCGGACUGCUCAGUAAUUUAGUGGCGAUUAUCGUUAUUGGACGAGGAAAGUGCGGGCUGUCUCGAUGCAUCACCCACUAUCUGGUGGCGAUGGCGGCAGCAGAUCUAUUGGCCGUCUUCUGCAACGUGGCGAUAUUUUACCUUUACGCUGUGAUUUUUCGGUACACUCACACUAUUGCAUGCACCCUACAAUACGUGAUGGCCUAUGUGUCCCUGGACUGCUCAGUCUGGUUAACUGUCGCUUUUACAUUUGAUCGCUUUGUGGCCAUUUGUUGCCAGGACUUUAAGACCAGGUACUGCACGGUUAGAAUCGCCAGGGUGGCGAUAGCAACAGUGUAUGUGGUGAGUUUCAUACGGAACAUCCCCUACUACUUUGCGUUUUAUUCUUAUUAUCCAACAAUGCCCAUUGGAUGCAUGGAAAAGCCGGAAUAUUUUACCCACCCUGGGUGGAUUGCUUUCGCUUGGAUAAACAACAUUUUAACCCCUCUGCUCCCGUUUUUCGUUAUUGUUUUGCUUAAUAUCCUGACGGUCAGAUCGAUCGUGGUGGCGAGCCGAGCCCGCAGGAAGCUCCGCGCUCACGCCAGUGGCGAAAAACAGGAGGACCCGGAAAUGGAGAGUCGAAAGAAAUCGAUCAUUUUACUCUUCUGUGUGUCCGGCAGUUUCAUCCUCCUGUGGCUGACGGACGUGAUUACCUUUAUUUAUACGCAUAUUGCCAACAUACACUAUGUCCCAGAUUGGUCUCAUCCUUUGACGAUGGCAACUGAAGCCGGGAACAUGCUUAAAAUUCUGAGCUCGUGCACGAACUCGUUUAUUUAUGUGGUGACCCAGUCUAAGGUCAGAGACGAACUGAAGAAUGCAAUCAGCUGCAGCGCCAAUUACGAGCUGAAUUAG